CAAUCCAAAAGAACUCGUAUGAUUUGACACUUUACUGCGUCCUAGUCAGGAAAUUGAUGGACGUCGGCACCAAUUCUGGAAGGAUGAUAAACCUGAAACAUGGCGCCACAGUCGAAUAUAUGCGACCGCUUCUAAAGCAUUGAGUUACCAGAGCCUGGACUGUCGAUACUUUGUUCUCUCGUAAUCGCAAAAGCUGAUGGUCUGGACGACUUGUCGAUCCCUACUUACGAGUGAUUGCGCACGCACAGCCACCUGCAUCGCGUAGUGGUUCCUGCACCAAAAAAAUAUAAAGGUUUUAUUUCAUUAUACGAAAUUCGGCAAUCUCCAUUAAUCAGGAUCUUUGAUUUAAAGAAAAUGAAGAUCCAUGUUGGCCCUCCUUUCUUCACUCUAGCGAUUUUCUUCAGUUUUAUUGAAUUAUGUUCACAGUACAAUGAAGACAUUCUAGUGGAUGAAAAAAUGAAUCUUCCAUAUAACCUGGACAUCUUUUACAGUGGAAAGAAUAGUAAAGAUAUACUGAUAAGUGAUGGGCACAAUCAAGAAACAUACGGGCUAAUACACGAUGAUUAUGAUAUCCUGGUUUGCGAAUUAGAAACAUAUGAUGGACAAACAUGGUUACAGGGAUUACUGGUUACGGAAAUAAUUUGGCACAACAGCAGCGCCACCUACUGUGCAGUAGUUGUGCGUAGGCUUGGUACAGUUGUUAUACCGAUUUUGGCGCAGCGGACGCCCCAAAUUAGUUCUCCCAAAUAGUACCCGUGGUAUCGAUGCGCAUGCGUGAAUAAUCGCUUUUUAAUUGUUCUGCGUAACGCAUGUAUUUAACUGGACCAUCUUCGAAGGCACUUUGCUUAACGGUGCAGCAAGUAAGCGAAAUAAAUAAACAACAUUCGCCCGAACGAUUGCCACAACUGGGGUGCUAGUAGGUACUGACAACUGCUGUCGAGAAAUUCUUUCGGCGCACUCAGUUAUUAACUUUUUUUAAUAAUAACAUUCCGACAUUAUUUUGUAUUAGUUUCCUUAAAAAUUACUUUCCUAUUCCUAAGUUAAAAAUGUUCGAUAAUUUGGUGUGGAAGGCGCAAUGAAUUUCUGAAGUAAGCUUUCACUGUGCCAAACUCAUUUAAAACGAAGCAAUAAAAAAUAAGUUAUUCAAAAAUUAAACAUCUAAAGAUCAAACCUUAAUUCCGAAUAAUUAUAAAAAGAUGGAAAUUCGCUCUAGAAAUUCAUUGCAUAACACGCAUGAAAUAAUAUAAACAAUUGAAAGUUAUUGUAAUUUCUUUUCAUUCUACUGUUCUUGUUAGCCAUAAGUUAAAAGUAUUUUUUUUCAAAUAAAGCAUUUUCUGAUCUAAAAAAUUUAAUUUAUUAUAAACGGAAUGUACAAUCGCUAUGAAAGAAUUGUUAAAAUAAUUUUUUUAGGAAGUUACAAACUUUAUAAUUCCUUCUUGAGAUUUUU